GCUUGUUUGUACUUGGUUGUUGUUGGCUGAUAUUCUGCUAUCUCUCUGCCUAUAGAUGUGCUCCGAAACAACGUUACGUUCAAAUCAAUUCAACAUCCAAUCAUUUUCUCUUUCUUUCUCAUUUUUUUUUCUUCUCCUUCUCUUUCCAUUUCAAUUUCUCCCCUCCUCAAACCUAAGCCCUUCCUUCCCAAACAAUUUCUCAAUUUCCAAUUCAUUCUCUCCACUUCCACCAUCGCUUCACUUCCACUGAUUGGUGAAGUAAAUGGAACAUGAGGAAGCCCCUAUCUUGGAAGAAAGGGCUAUGCAGGAAAUUGAGAUACCCAUUGCCUCUGAAAGACUUGAUAUUCUUCCUAUGAAGGCAGAAUCAUCUUGUAGUUCUGUUUGUUCUUUUUCCAGACAUGAAAACAGUGUUGUAGCAUCAAAGGAGUCGUCAAAGUCAGCGAAGAAGCUUUCUGGACUCAUUGUUUUCUAUACCAUUGUUAUGGUUGUGGAAAUUAUUGGUGGAUUAAAAGCUCACAGCCUAGCUGUCAUCAGUGAUGCAGCACACUUGCUUUCUGAUAUUGCUGGAUUCUCUAUCUCUCUCUUUGCAGUAUGGGCUUCAGGUUGGGAGGCAACACCGCAUCAAUCUUUUGGAUACAAUCGUCUUGAGGUUUUGGGGGCUCUUAUAUCUGUGCAGUUAAUUUGGUUGAUAUCUGGUUUUUUAAUAUAUGAAGCAGUUGGUAGACUUGUUCUCCAAAAUGCCAGUGUGAAUGGAAAGCUCAUGCUUGCUAUUGCAACACUUGGGUUUGUUCUAAACUUUAUCAUGGUUGCAUGGAUUGGUCACGAUCAUAGUCAUCAUCAUCAUGGCUGUCAAAACUCAGGUCAUGAUCAUAGUCAUCAACAAUGCCAUGCAGAUCAUGAUCAUGGGAAGGAGGAACUAUCUACAAUAACUGAUGAGGAGAGUGUUACCCUGGUUUCAAGUAGUCAGAGAAAUACUAAUGUGUUGAACAUAAAUCUCCAGGGGGCGUAUUUGCAUGUCAUGGCUGAUAUGAUUCAAUCUAUUGGAGUGAUGAUUGCGGGAGCCAUAAUAUGGGCUCAACCGGAGUGGUUUAUAGUUGACCUUGUGUGUACUCUUAUAUUUUCUGUUUUAUCUUUAAGUACUACUCUUCCCAUGCUUAGGAAUAUUUAUGGCAUUCUGAUGGAAAGGACUCCAAGUGAGAUCGAUAUCAGUAAACUGGAAAAUGGCCUCAGAAAUAUAAAGGGAGUGCAGGAUGUUCAUGACUUGCAUGUUUGGGCUAUAACCAUUGGAAAAUAUGUUCUGUCUUGCCACAUAGUGGCUGAAUCUGGCACCAGUUCCAUUGAUUUAAUAGGCACGAUUAAACAUUACUGUGAACAAACAUAUCAAAUACAACAUGUAACCAUACAAAUUGAGUAAUGCUACAUUGUUUUCCCGUUA